CGGAAAUAUUGAUCUCCAUGGCACUUGGGAUUCCAGACUGUGUUAUGUGUUAUUUCUCCAAGUGUGUACUCAAGGCUAUCUCGGUGCACUUGGUAAGAUUCUAUAUCAGGAAGUAAACAUUAAAGACAACGCGAAAGUGUCAAUUUGAAACAAACUGUAAAUAAAUUUCUAUUUUGAUGACAUGAACUAUAGAUAUCAUUGUGUAAGGGCGGUGUAUUUAAGGUCGAAGUUUUUUACUAUUUAACGUACUUGUAUAAAACACAAUCGUGAAUUGAAAAUACAUUUGGAAUAUAAAGUCGGUACAGAGAGAGUUGAAACCACUCCAAGAUGCCGAAACCUGCCAUAUACACCUCUACUCUAGAGGGAUCUCUGGAAAAGCUUCCGGUCAAGAUGUCUGGCUGCAAGUACUUCCUCCAUGUUCUCCUCUUCCUCUUCCUAUUGGGUAACGACGCCGCCGACUUCGUCAGCGAUUGGCUCUUCUUCGUCGACGUGAAAAUCGCCGGGAAAGGCCUGGUGUACGGGGAGCCAGACCAGGCGGCCGUGUGGGCUAUGCUUGCCUUCUCCAUCAUCGGGACCUUCACCUUCUUCUUCGAGAUCGUCAACCUGUGGUGGGAAUCAUUCAGGCGUAACCCGUGGAUCGAUUCAGAUGUGCUAUCAGCUGUGGUGAUCUGGAUUGAAGACAUCCCUCAGAUCGGGAUUAGUUUAUACCUGGCUACAUGCCGAGAAGAUCCGAUCAGUGUUUUCCAGCUGACGAAAGCGGCUGUCGUUCUCAUCAGCAUUUUCAUCCGCAUCGUCGUCAGCUUGGUCAAGUACUGCAACCGGGACGCCAUCCGGUCACAUCAUCACGUCAAGCAUAAAGUCGUCAUCAUGUUCGGAGUUAUCCUUGAAGCCUGCUGUGCCGUUGCCAUUUUCUUCCUCACGCAAACCGAACGCGGUAGCGAGGGUAACGUCGCUUUCCGUGUUCCGACGACAGUGCUAGAAGAUCGCUACAACGACAACCGCUACUUCUCUAACGUCAGCGUUUUUAUAACUCACCCUACGUACUUUAACCUCGGCGAUCCUGAUACAACUGAUCAUGUAUUCAAUUUCAUAAGACUCGCGUCUAUAUACAAAAUUCGAUCAAGUUACCGAAGCGAAUUUUCGUGUAGUAUUCAAUACGAAAAAUCACCUACUGAAGUUAAAAUGGCGUUGUGGGAAAAACACGCAUCGGAAACAAACCCAACCGGAAGUUGGUCUUUAGUAGAGUGUUACACGAUAAAUCAAAACGGCGCCGCUACUGAACUUGUUAAUACUACCUGUGUUAACGCUUUCACCUCAAACUCCGUUGAACUUUUCAUCAAAUUUAAAUUCUACCAACCGACUGAUUUGUUCCGGAAGCAGGUUUUUGGUGACAUCCUCUUCAACAUGAAAACAAAAAACAACGGUUGUACCGCCAUCGACAGCUACAGCACGGAGCUGUCCAACAGCGGCAAAGACGGCUUCCUCAUGCAUUACUUCCGCACCAACAGCACGCUACAGCCGGUGGACAGCAAGUUCUUACAGCACGACAGCGGUACGACAGCCAGGUUGUUCCGGAACGACGGGCUGGAUUUGACAGACGUCAGGCAGGUGUGGAAGACCGGCUGGAACCAGUGCGAGUCCACGGGUCACAUGGGUCCGACCCUGGACGCCAGCGUGGGGGUGGAGUGCCAGCGAUAGCCUUGACCUUGAGGGAUGUUCUGGACAUCGCGUCGUGCUGGACUCGCUGAUGCCUCAACCCUUGCAGGUCUACCUGAAGCUUAUCUUGGGGGAUGUUGUCUAGGCGGCAACAGACCUCAUGGUUAGGGCUAGGGGGGUCUUAUAUAUCUGACGUCACGCAUUUUUAGU